AUGGCUAUGGCCCAAAUAUUAAAAUUUCUUCUUUUGACGAUAAGGAACUUUCUCGCUUUGAUCAUUUUUCCAUUUAAGAUCUUUUUAAUUAUGUUUUUGACCAUGCCAAAAUCUGGUGUCAACACGUCGCACUUCCUUCUCGCCGCGAGCGCGAGCAAGCUGGACGAGAUGGUGGACGCCCAGAUCGUGAACGAGCAGAGCAUCGAGGUGAUUGAGCAGGUGGCGGAGAUAGCAAAGCAGUGCCUGGAGAUGGCCAGCGAGAGGAGACCCUACAUGCGGGAGGUCGCGGAAGAGCUUGGCAGGCUAAGGAAGCUUCUGCUUGCGCAGCAGCAUCCAUGGGGCCAAAGGAGUUCCCAGGAGAUGGAAGCUUUGCUUGCUGUUGGGUCGCCAACGCCAAGCACGUGCUCCGAGAUUGAACCUAGCAAUGCGUAUGUCAGCUUGGACGAUUCUGCGUACCUGGGAGUGCAAUCCCCACGGUGAUACCAUUUUUCCUUGCUUCCGGCCGGUCCUGGACCCCUGGGUCGAGUUCUGUGAACAUACUGCGAACUGUCGUGUGCUCGCGUAUGCACGUUUUGGAACGAAAAAUGGUCUUGUCUUCGAUGAUGU